AUGCCGCGCCGCGCUCCGACCCGCCCCUGUCCGCGCCGCAGGGCCGCGCCCGCCUGCCGUGGGUGCUGGGCGGCUGCGGUGGGGUCCCGGCCCUGGCCCUUCCUCAGGGCGUCCCGGUGGCAUUAGCUCCCGGUGGUGGCGGUGACCGGGUAUUGCAACCCCAAAGGCCGGGACGGUGGCGAGGCCGCUGGUCGGGCCGGGUCGGGGUAAGCGAGGGCCGUGCCAGCGGUGCUGCUCGGCCUGCAGAGGUGCGCCCAGAGUUUAGCUUGGUUUGUGCAAGCACCUGAUGACAACAUGAACAUUUAAUUCAAGUCUGCAACUUAAGAACAAACCUACAUACCUAGGCAUAUCUUUCCUGUCUUCCCUGUGCUACUGAGGCAAACAUCAGCUUGUCCUUGCUUCUGGUUAUCUUGCUUGGAAUCAAAUCAUGGCUGAUGACUCUCAGAGAAACUUUCGCUCAGUAUAUUAUGAAAAAGUCGGGUUUCGUGGAGUUGAAGAAAAGAAGUCACUGGAAAUUCUGUUAAAAGAUGACCGGUUGGAUAUUGAGAAGCUUUGCACAUUUAGUCAAAGGUUUCCUCUCCCAUCCAUGUAUCGUAUACUGGUGUGGAAGGUGCUUUUAGGAAUUAUUCCUCCUCACCAUGAAUCUCACGCUUUGGUGAUGAAGUACCGGAAGGAGCAGUACUGGGAUAUACACCAUGCUCUUCGUGUAAUUCGUUUUAUUAAUGAUUCUACCCCACAGGUAGAUGUUUUCCUUCGCAUACAUCAACUGGAAUCAGGAAAAUUGCCUCGAAACUUGGCUUUUCCAUUGGAACCUGAAGAUGAAGUGUUUCUUGCUAUUGCUAAAGCAAUGGAGGAAAUGGUGGAGGAUCCUAUAGAAUGCUAUUGGCUUGUCAGUUGCUUUGUGAAUCAGCUGAACAGCAAGCACAAAGAUUCAUUACAGCAACUGGUGAAGUCAUUAGCUGUCUACCUAAUCAUGGCAAAAAGCAUAAAGCCAAAAAUUCUGGAGCAGUAUUUGAACAUUGAAGAUAACAGACUCCUGAUGCAUCUAAAAGCAUGUGCUGCAAUGAACAAGCUCCCUUACGAUCUUUGGUUUAAAAAGUGUUUUGCAGGCUGUUUACCUGAGUGCAGUUUACAGAGAGUUUGGGACAAAGUUAUAAGUGGCUCCUGCAAGAUUCUUGUUUUUGUUGCUGUGGAGAUAUUACUAACCUUUAAAAUGAAGAUAAUAGCACUGAAUACUGCAGAAAAGAUCACCCAGUUUUUGGAAAAUAUUCCUCAAGAUAACACUGAUGCUAUUGUCAGCAAAGCUGUUGAUCUGUGGCGCACACACUGUGGGACUCCAGCACACUCAGCCUGAGAACUUUCUUCGCUUGGGGGGAAAAAAAAAGACAUUUGAAAAGGCAUUUUACCAUUCUUCCCCUAUCCUAGUGUGAUGUUAUUCUUUACCUCUUCUAUGUAAAGAUGCUACUAAGGCAGCUAAUAGCAUGGUGAUCAAUAUGUAAAUAUUUUUCAAUAAAUACAGAUGGCGUGAAGAUACCUAGUGGCGGUGUGAUCAUGUCCAGAGCGUUUCCUGGCCAGCCAGCUAUAGUGUUCUGAUUGCACAGUGUGUGCACUGCCUUUUGGGGAAGUAAAUAUGACUCUUGAAGCAAGGCAGGCCCUGGAGCUGCACAGAUGAGAGACAGAGAUCUGCCUUCACAGAAUCACAGAAGGAUUGAGGUUGGAAGGGACCUCUGGAGGUCAUUGGGUGCAACACCCUGCUCAAGCAGGGCCACCUACAGCCAGUUGCCCUGGACCUUGUCCAGACAGCUUUUGAAUGUCUCCAGGGAGGGAAAAAGUCCACUACCUCUCUGAGCAACCUGUGCCAGUGCUUGGUCACCUUCACAGUAAAAAUCUUCGUUUCCACAUGAGCAACAGCAGUUUUACUUAAACAUUUCAAUGUAUGUGGGAUGGAUCCUCAAAUGUUGCUCCACUGUAAUGUCAGCUGAAGUUUGUGUGUAGCUUUUUCAGCUUCAUGUACAAACACAGAACAGGAGUGUUUCUUUAAUGGAGUGUGUUAUUUCUUCUGGGCUAUGCUGAAGGAGAGCAUUUCUCUAGGGAAUAGAUAGUGGUUUAACUCCAUGCUUCCUUCACUGAUCUGGUAAGAGAUGUUUGUGUGUAUCUUAAUGGAUCCAUUUCCAAGCUUUCACUGUGGAUUUAUGAGGGAUACAGUUUAUGCAGAAAACUUACUGAAUUCCCAAAAGACUGAAAGUGUGAAUCUGGCUAACCUACACUCAGGUAACUUUUGGUGAUAUCUGCACAGUUGCACAUAAUGCUUUAGCUCAGAGACCUGCUUGCGAAGAGAACAGAAGAGCAAAAUGUGAGCUUUCACUGUCCCAGCAUGUAACGAUCACCGUGAGGCUGAGGCAAUACAGCCUAGAGCAGAAUCCACCAUUUAGGCAGCCUUAGUCUGUGCCUCCAACGAUUGUGAUCAGCCUGGAGUUUGGCAUAUGUAUGUGGCUAACAUGAACAACACAAAUAGUUGUAGUGGGCAGUCCAAGUUUGGUUAUUUAUCUGCUAUGGACUACUAGUUCCUUAUGGAUGGUUUUGAAGUUGCACAUAGUUGAGCCUCCAAUGCUACGUAAUGUACGAAAGGGCUUACCUUUUUUUUUUGUUUUGCUAUUUGUUUUCUAUAUUACCUCUGUGUCAUUCAGGAGGAGUGUGGUAACAAGUCAUCUGAUGUUCAUUUUUCUUGAGAAGCUUGAAAAUGAGGUAUUUUGUCUUUAUUUACAUUAUUUCUUCCUGACCGGCAGAGCAUGUAACUGUUUGUUGCAUGCCUGUUUGUUCAUACAGAACUAGCUGCUGAGAGUGUUUUUUGGUUUAUUCCCCACCCCUUUCCCCCUUCUUUUUUGCCUGGAAACAAUAGAAACAACACUGAAGCAUUCAUGUUGGAGAGUGAAAGCUCCCCCCUCAAGCCUUCCCCUGCCAAAUAUCUACAUGGGCUUUGCAAACAAGAAAAAUACGCUUAAUUUGGUCCAGUUCUCCCCUCAAGCAGUACUUUCUUUCCAGAGGGGUUUAGAGCAAUGCCACGUCUGUACUCUCCUGUGUUGCACGCACCAGAUCUUUUCCAGCUUAUGUCCAAAUGUGAUGAAAACUCCAGAUAAGAAAAGUAAUGGCAGAUGUCAGAGGAUGAUGCUUGAAAAGUGAUGAGUGAUUUGAGGUCUAGCAAGGGGCCUAAGAGUAUGGGAAGAAAAGCCUGAGAGUGUGGAGACAAAAGUGGCUGAAGUACAGUAAUUUAGAGGCUGGCAAAGUAACAGUGAUGGAGAGCAGGUUCCUGUGGAUAGGAGAUCAACUUUCUGGGACAGGGGAUGACUUCAGCUGAAGAUGAUGUCUCUUUGAACACCGAAGUUCCUAACCACGCGGCACAAAUUUACUGACCAGCCAAGCUUUCAUGCAUUCUGCCGCUUGGGGGAGAAUUCUAUAAGCAGUUUUGUACAAUGAGUAGGCAAUGCUUGCUGGGUUGGGUGCAGGGUGGUGGUGCGGUGCUGCACCUCUGCAUUGUGCCCUUACAGCUGCUCAGCAGAUGUUGAGAUGUCGGUGUGCACACCAGAAGCUAUCAGCUCACACUGCUCAGGAGGAGGGUGGCUGCUUUGUCCCACGUAGACCAGUUCCACUGUGUGACCAGGGCAUGGCCAUGCUGUUUGUUUUGGACUUGGUUGCCAGGGAACCUUGAUCUGAGCUGUGGAGAAAUGGAGAUGAGGAAGAUGAUAGCAAAGCAAUCUCACCCCAUACCUGCACCGAGGGCACUGAACUCUUAGCCAGGUACUGCCAAGAAGCAGUAUGUUUGUGCGGGUUUAAUAGGAAAUUGCGUGGUUUUUUUUCAGCCUCCUCUGUUUCCAGCCUAAAGGUGGCGUUAGAUAGCAAUUUGAUUGCUGGGAAUUACAUGGACUUUACUGAAGACACAGUAGGUCAGUGAAAACUUAUCCAAAAGGAAACAAAGAAUUUGGUCAGUUAAAGUAUAUGGACCUUUCAUUUUUGUGUAGUGGGAAGCCUGUGUGCAUCAGAGGAGGGGAACGGCUCCCACCUGCCAAUUACAGUGAGGAUGCUGGUGCUGGUUGUUUCUUUGGGGUCUGAGUUUUUGCACCAUCAGUUAGGAAAACUAAACAGCCUGUGCAGCACUGUUACCUUCUGUGCUUUCUGCAGGCUGCUAGUGGGACUGUUUGAAGGUACAUACUUAUCCUGGUGAAGGUGGUUUUUCUUUACCCUUUCACUACACAGAGGCUGCAGCUUGUCACAGCCUGAAAUGCUGUGCUACCAUGGAAGCUAUUGAGGAAAGUAAAAAGAUGAAAAGGUGGUAUGAAUGUAGGUGGAUGUGCAGGUAUGGCUCCUUUGCUCUAAACAGCACUUGCUCGUACUGCUCAGUGAUGAUUGUGGUAACCACAGGGUGCUGCAUAGUGGACAAAGACUUGUGAACAGGGAAAGGAGAGGUGAGUUGGGUUUAGGUUGUGUUGGGGGGGUGUGAGCAUAUGUCUAGUGCAGACUGUUGGUUUUGUUCCUUUACUAGGCUGGUGCUGGAUACAACUUAAGCAGCUGAGGUACCAGUUGUCUGCCUUCACACACCUGCAGUGAUCCAGCUCACGAGACAGCACUAGUGGCUUGGUUGAUAUGAUGUCCCCUCGAUCUGCUCUGUAAUGUCCACAGUGCACACAAGGAAUCGUCUAGACACAAAAGCUGGCCUGAGCCUGUCCUAGCAAACCUGCAGCCUGACACUUCAGCUUGCAAGUAUGUAACCAGCGGGGCGUAGGGUUGGGGAAAAGCUGCAACACCGACACCCUCCCCAUUAGCCAUAAAUACAGUGCCAGGUCCUUCCUGGCGAGGGUGCAGGUGGGAGGGUGAUGCUACCAUCGUGUUUCCUCACCAUUGCUUUUUUUCAAACAAUCAAAACUUUUCUCUAGACAUUUUGGAGUAGCUUUUCCAAUCCCCACCACUUCCCCAGCUCCCCCCGUUUCCACUUCAUCUUUACACAGGCUGUAGAACAGAUGUCACAAUACUUGCACAUUUUAAGUACAAAUAACCCAUCAGGAUUUGGUAGAUUAUAAUCAAAUGUUUUUCUUCCUUGACUCUACAAUAUUAUCAUCUCCAUUAUCAGCCCUGGAGAUGGAUGACUGGAGUAGCCAGUUUUGUUCUGCGUUGAUUUUUCCAUUCUCUAAACCUGAUGUAAUGUCUUUAUUACUACUAUUAAUCUCCUGCUAAUAGGAAUGAGGCUGACUGGUGUUAACUGCAGUGUUAACAGAAUCUUAGCAGGAAUGCCAUCAUCUGUAUGUCCUACACAUAAUCCAGGCUGAAAGGGGGGAAAUCAUGACUGCUUGUUGGUUUCUUCUUCACCCCAACAGAACAUAGCUACUUUGCUGUGAUAGAGAUGGCUUCCACAGAUGAGAAGACAAGUGCUCAAGAAAACAGAUUUUAAAUAAAGGACUAGCUUUCCCCAGUGUGCUUCCAACUUCCCAUGGAUGCCGGAGAUGGGUAUGCAAACCCAGUGUUCGGGUUGCUGAAGAGUGCUUUGCCAAAGGUUGACUUUGCAAAAUACCCAGAGCCAGUGAAUCUAAAACCAGAUGAAGUGCCAGUUCUGCGAUGCUUACUAUGGUGCCAAACACUUUUUAUGGCUUCUUACUCCUCCCCCUUUCCCUUUUCAGUAAUAAGCUCUACUUCCAAUUUGGGAGAAAUACGGCAGUGCUUCCACUGUGUCCUGGUGUCUGCUCAGCCAGGAGUUAACAUAAAUUGAAAACAAAAGGAAAAGGCAUUGCUGCAAGUAGCUGCCCUGGGGACAGCAUGAAUCCUGAGGCAGGAUGAGAGUGACAACUUGCCAAGUGGUCAGCAGGGACGUACCUCAGGCCCAUCCAGAUGAAGGCAGGGUGCUGGGGAACGUCUGGCCCUCACCCAGGACUUGGCAGAUACAUGCCUCAACCAGUGUCCUGGGGUUUAUUUAUUAGGCUACCAGACAGGCAGGCGUGGGCACUGCUGGGAUCCAUACCCACAAGGGACAGUGGUAGGCCCCAAACUGCGCACAGACUACCCAUUCCCCUGGGGACUCUCCUCCACCUCUUUCCUCUUCAUUCUAACCAUAAAUGAAGAAAAGAAAAAGAAAAGAUCUCACCUUUUCCUCCCACCAGCCUGCUGAGUCCUGUGAUUUCUGUCACUGCUGCUCCUUAAAUGGCUUCCCUUCCCCUUUCACACAGAAUGUCUAAGCUAAUGAUGCCAGGGCAGGUAUUGGAUCCAUACUGAGAACAUGAGGGCUUGUUGCUCUUCAAAACAGUUAUAUUGCAGAGCCCUUUCCUAAUACAAUGUAUUUGUAGUCAAAAGCACAGGGUUUUGUUUUCCUUUUUGAAAGCUGUGAUGCAGUCUUCUUGUGUUUGUAUGCGUAUGUGAAUGAAUUUAAAAACAUGAACCCCAGGUUUUCAUGAAGAUUAACCCAUAGCAGUAUGUUCCUGGCUGGUAUGUAAGUAAGUGCUUUGUCUUUGCUGCACUGAGCUGAUAACAUUGCACAUUAAAGAUGAACUAAAGCAGCUGUGAGCUGGUGAUAGAGAAA